CCUUAAUUCGAUUUCCGCCCGUUUGGGUCUGACCUUGUGUGUGCGCUGAUGGCCGGUGACUCUGCAGUUUCAGCGUUCUGUUUAUUUGUGAAUGAAUAUGAUGAACGAUAGCGACUUAAAUUAAGAAGGCUCGUCAAACUGGGCAAACAUUUUGUCAAUUGAUGGCAUUAUGUGACCCACCGCGAUCGGCUUCGUGGAACUCGCGACUGCUAUGCCAGGGUGUCGAGGCGGACAGUAUUCCCAGUACGGUAGCGCGCCGGAUGGAGUUCAGACGACCACUCACGAUAGUUGGUGCUCUGUCGGAUGGCUCUGAGGGGUGGGACGUCAGUCCGACCGAGUCGACAGAGGUGGUCACACGCGACCCAGUCAGCACGUCUUCUCGGCAGGAUUUUGGGAAGGUAUCUGGAUCGCUGGUAGAUUUUUUGAAGUGAACCUUGACUGCUGGGUACGCAGUCAUGGUGGCCCCUGAGAGUGUGGACAAGAAGCCAGCGGAGACGACAGACGAUGGACCGACCUUUGACGACGUUCUGCGUCUGGCCGGGGGCAGCGGUCGCUGGCAGCUGAAACACAUUGUCUGGCUCUCCAAGACUUGCAUCAAUCUCUCCUUCUUCUUGAUGGGUAUGAUUUUCCUGGGAGCCGAGCCGGAGCACCGGUGCGCGGACGGGUUCGCCGCCGACGUCGGGUUCGCCUCGCUGCCUGCGGACGCGCCGCGCUGCCCGUCGGCCGGCGCCAACUGCUCCCGCUGGGUGUACGACACCUCUGACGUGGGGAACACGGUGGUGGCGCAGUGGCACCUGGUGUGCGGCCGGAAGCCGCUGCUGUCGCUGCUGCAGUCGGUGCCGAUGGCCGGCGGUCUGCUGGGCGCGCUCACCACCGGCAUGUUCGCCGACCGGUUCGGCCGGCGGCCGGUGACGCUGGCUGGCUCGACGUUGUACGCCGUGACGGCGCUGGCUAGCUGCGCCGUCCACCACUACCAGCUGCUGCUCGCCAUCCGCUUCGUGUCCGGCGUCGGGUGCGCCUUCUCGCUGUCACCGCUGGUGGUGCUGAUCCUAGAGAUUGUGACGCCCGAGUGGCGGCUGCUGAUCGGCCUGCUGAUCCAGGUACCGUUCGCCCUGGGCGUGAUGGCGCUGUCAGCGAUGGCCUACCUGCUACCCAACUGGUGGCACCUACAGCUGGCCAUGGCGAUACCGACGCUGCUCUACAUUAUCGACUUCUGGGUGAUGCCCGAGUCGCCUCGCUGGCUGGUGCGCACCGGCCGGCUACCGGCUGCGACUGCCGUGCUGCGCCGGAUCGCGGCCACUAACGGCGCCGUUCUACCAGACGACGACGCGCUGUCCCAGAUGCUCCAGCGCGUGUACGAGGCCGAGAGGAGCCAGAAGGUCGCGGCGGAGGCCAACGGCUGUCUGUCGUUCCUCGGACAGCUGGUGCAGUUGCUGCGCACGCCCCAGAUGCGCCGCUACAUGCUGGUGACGUUCUUCUGCUGGCUGGCCGCCGGUCUGAGCUACUUCGGAAUCGCGUUCGACCUGGGACAGCUGUCGGCCAGCCGGUACGUGGCCAACUGUCUGUCGGGUCUGGUGGAGAUCCCGGCCUACAUCGUGCCGUGGAUGACGGCCACCCGCUGGGGCCGCCGGCCCACCGUCUGCGCUCUGUUCCUACUGGCGGCCGCCUCCAUCCUGCCGGUGGUGGCCGUCCGCGACUGGCGGCUCAGUCUCACUCUGGGCCUGCUGGGCAAGUUCGCCGUGACCGGCGCGUUCGGCCUGCUGUACGUGUACACGCCCGAGUACGUACCCACGCUGCUGCGCACCAUCGGCCUGGGUGCCGCCUCGGUCAGCGCCCGAAUCGGCUCCAUCGUGGCGCCCUUCAUCAUCGACCUGGCGCGCGAGGCGCACCCGAGCGCGCCCACGGUGGUGUUCGGCGUGCUGGCGCUGCUGGCCGGCCUGGGCGCGCUGCUGCUGCCGGAGACGGCCGGCCGCCACCUGCCCGAGACGGUCGCAGAGCUCGAGAGCGGAGCCUGGCUGCGCCAGCCGCCCGACUGCCGCGAGACCAUCGCUGACCUGCUGCCGGGCGCGCGCCGCGACCAGCGCGCCGCCUCCUAGAGCACCACCUCAGUCGCGAGCGGGUCCCCGAAGGACAGCGAACCAACAGUCAACUAUGCAGACUUGAGACUCGACUAUGCAUACUGAUGGGUGGGAGUGCGGGAAUUGACCGCACUAGGAUCGAUGCUGAGAGGGGGAGAGGAUGUGGUACCUAUAUGGUAAUAUGUUCUGCUUAUCAAUGUAAUAAUGACUUAGCCAUAUUCGCUAGUCAAUAAGCGAUUCGCCUCAACAAUUGAACGUGUGUGCUGUGCGUAUAUCGCUGCUCAGUGAUUGGUCCACACAUACAAAAUACAAAAACA